CUUGCGACAAUUAUGAAGAAAGUGAUCAUAGUGGCAUUGGAGACAAUAUUGUCACAUAUUCCGAACGCACAACGGCAGACCAUUAACGCAAAAUGGAGGAAAAGGCAACGCCACCAUCGUCGAACGAGGCUGCUCGUGCUAAUCGCUUGUUAUGGAGCGUACGGCAACGCUAAAACCGCAUGGAAGGUCUGCCAUUUUGACGAUAGCUGUGUUCCUUGCGGACAGUUGUCACUGAUUGUCACUAGUUCCUGCAGGUCUGUUUGCCUACUUUGCAUACUGUCAUAUUAUUUCUUGCUUCGAAAUCCAAUGGUGCUUUUUACUAAGAAGCGAUACUUUGUACUAAAACAUUCUGGCGGCAACAUUUCAAUAUUCUGAUAUAGAGCCAGUGGCAUUCGGUAACUUUUUCGGCAUGUACGAAUAAAUUGAGUUUUGCUGUACCAAAACCAAAA